AUGCAAUCACUUUUCGUUAAAUGCCAAAAGUGUCAACAAAGACCAGCCACGAUCAAAUGUACAUAGUGCAGAUAUGGAUAAACCUAUAGACUCUGUUAUUCUUGUGACUCGCAAGUUCAUAAUAGAACUGGCCCCAUAGAUCAACAACACAAAACUGAAAUUAUUCCAUACCAAGGUAUCUUAUCUAUCUUGUAUUAGAAAUGUACUUGAAAAAUUAAAGCUUUGUUCCAGCUCCUUCUCAAUCUGAAUAGAGGAACUCUCAUAAAAAAAAUGAUUUCAAAGCUUAGCCUCCAACUAAGGAUUAUUUGAGCCAUGAAACUAGAAAACAGGAUUAUUCUAAAACAAUAGAUGUUAAUAGAAAGCCUGAGUAUGUUGAAAAAAAACAUGAUUAUUUGGAGAAGAAACUUGAUAGCCAUGAUAAAAGAUAUGAUCAACAUUAGCAAGGAUUCGAUAAAAAACAAUAUUCUUCAAACUAAAAGCCUCAAGAAUUUGAAAAAUCCAAUUAGACUUUAAUUAACCAAUUAAAAGAAGAACAAUAAUAAACUGAUCGAUUAAAAGCAGAAUUGAAUUUAGUUAAAUAAAGAGAGAAGGAAUUUUAGAAAAGACUGUAUCUUAACAAUAAUUAUAUUUAGAUCAAAAUUAGAUUAAGAUUAUGAACAAAAACAUAGAGAUGAUAGAUAAAAAUUGCAAUAGGUUUAAGAUGAAAAUAAAAAUCUACAUCAAAAACUCAACUAAGUCAAUAAGCAUCUAAUUGAAGAAACAAACAGAGUUAGAGAGUAUGAAUAGUAUAUUAAAGAUCUUGAGUAAGCCUUUAAUGAAAAAGCAUAAGAGUAGAAUAUUGUAUUAUUUAUGACUUAAAAUGUUAGGAGGAGAUUUAACAAAUUUAUGAAGAAUCAAAUAUGAAAGACCAAAUUAUAGAAUAGUUAUAACAGUAAAUUUAAGAUAUGUAAGCACAGAUUCAAUAAUUUGCAGAAGAAUAAUAGAAUAAUAGUAGAAAUAUUAAAAAUUAAUUGUCUUCAAAUAAAAAACUACCAAAAAGUUAGGAUAAUGAAAAAGAUUAAGUGAUUUAAGAAUUAAAUUAAUAAUUGGAAGAAAAAAAUGAAGAAAAUCAUAAAUUAGAGGGUUUUAAUUAAUUAAUUAUAUUUUAGACUUGAUUGAAAAUUUUAAACAAUUGUAUCAACAUAUGAAUGAGGAAAAAUCCUAAUUGUAAGAGGAAGUUGAGAAAUUGGCAAAUGAAAAUAAUUAAUUUAGAGAAUUAUUUAGUGUAAUUUAAUAUUAAAGAAAAUUUAGUAAAAUUUGCAUCUUUUUGGGAUUGACCCGGAGUAAUUGGAUGAAGAAGGAGAGGGAGAAUAUCCUGAAGAAAUUGCUGAAGAAAAUGAUGACCAAAAUGAUUGA